AUGGCCGGCUUGAACGUCUCCCUGUCCUUCUUUUUCGCCGUGGUGGCCGCCUGCGAAGUGGCCAGGAGGCUCUCCGGGAGGCGUCUCCCGGCCUGGGCGUACGGCGGCCUUUGCCGGGAGCUGCUGGGCGCCUUCCAGCUGGCCGCCUGCUGCCUGGAGCUCCGCAUGCUGGUGGUGGUCGGCCCCUGGGGAGGGGGCUACGGCCCCGACGUCAUCCUCACCCUCCUGUUCCUCCUCUUCCUGGUCCACGGCCUGACCUGGGACGGGGCCUCGGCCAACCCGGUGACCUCCCUCCAGGAGUUCCUGAGGGCGGAGGCGUCGGGGCCGGGGGCGGCCGUGCAGGCCGCGGCUCACUUGGCGGGGGCCUACGCCGGCGACGUCCUGACCCGGCUCUACUGGUCCUGGGAGCUGACGGACUUCCACCUCAUCCAGAACCUGAUGGGCCGGGAAUGCGGCUCUUCCCUGCAGACAACCGUGGCCUGGGGGGUCCUGGUGGAAGCCGCCUGCUCCUUCUUCUACCACCUGACCCUCCUCCGCUUCCGACACAGUCGCCCCCUCUUCAGGGCCCCGGCCACGGCCCUCACCGUCACCCUCUUGGCUUACACGGCCGGCCCCUUCACCUCGGCCUUCUUCAAUCCCGCCCUGGCGACCGUGGUCACUUUCCACUGCUCCGGAAACACCCUGCUGGAAUACGUCCAGGUCUACUGGCUUGGGCCCACUGCAGGGAUGGUCACGGCUCUCCUGCUGCACCAGGGCAACAUCCCCCGCCUCUUCCGGAGGAACCUCCUCUACUCUCAGAGGAGCAAGUACCGCGCCCCCAAGGCCAAGCAGGGCCCGACCUCGGGCCCUGAGCAAACUGGGAAGCAGGAGAAAACGAGGAAGAAGAGGGCUGGUGGAGAGCCGGGUCUCAAAGCCCAGUGA